AUGGCGUUGUCUAACUUGUUAUUCCGAAGACGGCCUGCAAUGAUAGCGGUUUGUCGCUUUUGUCUGGGAUCCGUUAAAAAUUUCAGAACGACUCGUCUCCUGUCUACGGCUACGGAAAUAAACAAAACUGAGCAGGACAAAGCAUCGACCAAGACAGAGGAGGAAUCGUCUGAUCCCAAAGUGUGGGCAGAGGAAAAAGAAAAACUGACCAAAGACCUGAAGAGUAUGAAGGACAAGUACUUGUUAGCCCUGGCUGAUACAGAAAACGUUCGUAUGCGGAUGAACAAACAGAUCAGUGAUGCCAAACUGUUCAGCAUUCAAGGCUUCUGUCGGGACCUGUUUGAAGUGGCAGAUAUUUUGACGAAGGCAACAGAAUCUGUUCCAAGUGAAGAACUCAGCAAGAACGAACACUUGAAAAAUCUUUUCGAGGGCCUCACCAUGACGGAGUCACAGCUUCAGAAAGUCUUCAACAAACACGGCGUUGAAAAGAUUGUACCAAAUGUGGGUGACAAAUUUGAUCCUUACUUGCACGAGGCAAUGUUUGAGGUGCCCACGGAUAGCAAUGAGUCAGGCACUGUAGCCGUACUGACCAAAUUUGGCUAUAAAUUGCACCAGCGGACAGUUAGGCCAGCUGUGGUUGGUGUGUUUAAGGGUGUAUGA